UCUAGGCUCUCCCCAGCAAAACGGAGACGGAGGCGCGAGGGGACACUGUCAGCUCCCCCCAGUUCUCGCCUAAUGGCCCCCUCUGACACCGGCCUUCGCUCCCGGGUAUCUCUGCCUCCUGAGCUCAGUCCGGCUGGCUGGGGGCGGCAGUUUGGCCUGAGCUUCGUUUUAGCAAUUCGGAACGACGGAGGGGAGGCCACUGGGCGAGGAGGCGGUCCCAGCGGAGGCGGCUUAGCGAUUACUUCCUCCAGUCCUCCCGUCCCGCACCCACCUGCCCAUCCACCCCUCAGGACGCCGGUCUUUCGCCGGUUUUAUGCUCAAUGGAGGAGGCCCCGCCGAGGAAGGCAAGCCUUCCCCGCUAACUGCCUCUCCAGGUCUUCAGGCUUCAUGCAUAAAAAUCUAGCAGAUAAAGAAUAACGUUGGAUUGUGAAGCAUUGCUGCAAUUUGAAGAAAUUAGGUAACCCAGGGAGUAAAAUAUUUUAAACCACUUUUAAAAAACAUGUGUUCAAGAUUGGGUUUAUUGUCUAGGAUUUUAUUAUAGCAAAAUUUACUAUAUGAAUUUUUAAAAUCAUAAUCAUGUUAUUAGUAUGAAUACCAUGAUAAACAUAGACUCUUCACAUCUUACACUUUGUAAACUAAGUACUUUAAAAUUCUUAAAAAUCAGUUUUAUAAACCCCUGAAACAACAUAAAAUUCAGGAAGGAUUGCUUUGGAAAACAACACAGUCCACUCAAGAUGGAACUGGAACUGAGAAAGGAUGAGUUGUUUUAGAUGUUUCUUACCACAGGAAAUGUUUUUCUGUGCUUAUUGUAAUAAAUAAUG